CCUGCUGAGGCUCAUGUUGGUGUCGGAGCUGCUACAUGUGACAUUGACAUCAACAGAGGCACCAUGAGGCUGACCGCUCUCCUGUCGAUGGCAGCCAGGGUCGUUGUGCCCAAAGAUUACCGCUACGGCACCAACAGACCGUGGACUCAGGCUGCUAAAAGGUUGAAUCCUCCGGGACAGAGGAGGAAGAAGGUGUUUGUGGAGCCGGUGGACUGGUCUGUCUUCAAAGGAGACACGGUUGAGAUUCUCUCGGGGAAGGACAAAGGGAAGAUUGGAAAAGUGGUCCAAGUCUUCAGAAAGAGAAACUGGGUUAUACUGGAGGGCCGGAACAUACAUUACAGGUAUAUUGGAAGAACUGAGGAUUACCGUGGGACCUACAUUGUCAGUGAGGCUCCGAUUAUGCUCCAGGAUGUCGCACUCAUUGACCCCUCAGAUAGGAAGCCCACUGAUGUGGAGUGGAGAUUCACAGAGGAGGGUGAAAAAGUCCGAGUGUCUGUCAGGACGGGUCGAAUCAUCCCCAAACCUGUCGUAGAGCGACGAGACGGCAUCGUGCCACAGCAGUGGAAAGAUGGACCUAAAGACACCAGUCCUGAAGACACUCUAGAAAAAACCUUUGUACCGUCUCUUAAAACCCUUGAAGAGGAAGUGAUGGAGAAAUUGGGCAUCAGGGAGAACAGGAGACAUCGAACAUCCUACUGGUACUGACCAGAAAAAUCAGAGACACUCAGUCCUCUUUGUGCUGUCCAGCUUUCACAGGGACUCUGACCACCACCACACACAUACACACACACACACACACACCAUGUGCUGGUGGGAGACGAGCAGAACGACGUUUUCAAAAAAGGGACUGACAUGAGUAAGACUUGAGGACUGUAACAUAUGGGUAAAACAUACGUUUUAUUGAGGAUGUUGCGGUGGUACCACAUUUGAAUUAUGUUCCUAUCUUUGUUAUUGUGAAUAAAUGUCACUCAUAAAAUUA